AUGGCGCGGGGCGCCCCCAGCGCGCUGCCACCUCGACGGGCCGGCCCCCGCCUUCCCCGGCCCGCCGCGCCGGAGGGUGCAGCUGCGGCAGCGCGGCCGCGCCGGCACGAAGCACCCGCCGCGGUCGCAGCCCGGGGCUCGGGACGGCCCCAGGCCCCCGCGCCACGGGCCGGGGUCCGCGACAGCCCCGAGCCCCGGCAGCCCCUCAAGGAUCCUGGACACCCCGCCAGGGCCCGGCAGCCCCUCCGGGACCCCGGCCGCCCCUCCAGGCUCCGGCCGCCCCUCCGGGACCCCGGCCGCCCCUCCGGGACCCCGGCUGCCCCUCCAGGCUCCGGCCGCCCCUCCGGGACCCCGGCCACCCCUUCGGGACCCCGACUGCCCCUCCGGGACCCCGGCCGCCCCUCCGGGACCCCGGCCGCCCCUCCGAGCUCUGGCCGCCCCUCCGGGACCCCGGCCGCCCCUCCAAGACCCGGCCGCCCCUCCAAGACCCCGGCCGCCCCUCCGGGGACGCCAGCCGCCCCUCCAGGCUCCGGCCGCCCCUCCGCGACCCCGGCCGCCCCGCCGGGCUCCGGCCGCCUGGCCGGGCCAGCGCGGGCCGCCGCGGCAGGGCUCACCUCGACGCCGGCCCGCCUGGCCGCUCCUCCCGCUCCUCCCGCGGCGCCCGCCCGGCGUCUGCGCGGCCAGCCAGCCGCCUGGCCUGGUCUCCGCAGAGGCGGGGCCCGCGCCCACCAACCCGGGCCGCCCGCCCGCCGCGCCCGCCAAUCGGGCGGCCGUUGCCGGGGCGACGGCUUGGCGCGGGCCGAGGCUGACGUCAACCGAGCCCCGCGAGGGGCCCCGAGGAGGGUCCGGAAAGGCGGGUGGGGUGGGUGCGACCCCGGGCAGAAAACGGGGCUGACGCAGAGCGCGUCCCACCAGCCCCCCAACACAAGGCCGCCCGGGGGCGCGGGCCGGGGCCGAGCGCUGUCGAGGCCCAAAACCCGCGGGUGA